UUAUUUACACUGUCCUAGUACAUCAGACGUACUUUCUUUGGACAGCGUUGACAGUCACAUCGUCAUUGACCAAUUGGAAAAAAUAGAUCGGAACGUAACGUAUGUAGUACAUUUGAGGCGAUUAGUCGGACCGUCGGGAAGAGCUAACGAGCCGACAGCUGGCCGCGCGCAGAAAACACCCGCCCGCAAAGUUCAGGGUUUACCCCUCCCACACAUCUGUGGGCGGCACUUCGGAAUUCAGUUUUUUUCUGCCCAGGGGCAUUCGUCGUCAGUCGACGCGGGCCGACAACUCGACGCUCCAGAAACGCCCCUCAGGAGACGUCGACCGUCAAUUCCGCUAGCGACUCCGGCAGCAUGAUGCGGCGCUCCCGCGUCGCCUACCCGGCGUCAGGUCGGGCCCCAGCGGCGGCGGUGAGCCGCCGGAAGGCGCGUGAGCGGGUGAAGCGCGCGCUAGCCCUCGCAUGGUUCCUCGCCGCCCUUGCCGCCACGCCCAUGGUCCAUGCCGGCGUGCCGUUCGAGGCCUCGCAAGUUGUUUUCCUGGAGGACUGCCAGACAGCAUGGGGGAAUACCUUAAGUGGGUGGAGUGGCUCAAAUCCCGACUGCAGCACUGCUGACCGCAUGACUUGUGACAGCAACGGGAUGAUUGUGGCGAUAUGGAUCUGGAAGUCUGAUUUCCCGGGGCCCAUUCCCAACUCUGUCAGCAAUCUCCGCGAGCUCCAAGCCCUGUACGACGUCCUCUUCAACCCUCUGAACUGCCUAUCUGCAAGGCCUGGUGGGGUGAGGAGUUCAGAGUGGUGGAGUGGGAAGAAUCGGGAAGCAGGAAGACAAGAUUGACUAGUACAACUUGAGGGGCAGACCCCGUGUUUGGGACAGACCCCGUGUUUUGGGCAGACCCCGUGCUUCUGAGUUCGUAUCAUCUGCAGCCGGUCACCCCACCCACGCAGAUGCUCUGCUGAGAUGUUCCCCUCCACUCCUACUACUUGCCUCAUCGCAAAAAGUGUCACGUUCGCAAAACGUUUACGCCAUUUUGGGCGAUGCACAAAGUUGGAGAUCAUCCGCAAAGUGUUCGCCAAGUAUUUGUUAAUCGUUUCGAUUCAUGUGAACGGUUUGCGAGUGUUGCGCGGUUGAGAUGUUUUGCGGAUGCAUUGUUGUGGAAAGGUUACAAAAUACUGCAUUGUUGUAUUUGCGUAACUUAAAGGCUCAU